GUCUAGGACCUGAAAUAUGACAAAGUAGCACAAACCGGCGUAAAAUAGGCCAAAAAUACACGACUACGCCCCGCAAACAGAUAAGAACUAGGGGUGCAAACAUGUGCAAUUACAUCAGUAUCAGUCACUCGAUUGUACAUGCUAGUAUAUGUUGAUGACAUCGUCAUCACAGGAAAUGAUUCUGCUCUCAUUCAGCGGUUGUUUGCCUUUCUUCAUGACAAUUUUGCACUAAGGGAAUUGGGGUCCUUAUCAUACUUUCACGACAUUGAGGUACACCGAUCCUCUACUGGCCUCAUCCUCAGUCAGCGCAAGUUUAUUCAGGAUCUGCUCGAUCGUGCUCACAUGUCUGCUGCCAAUGCCAUCUCUACUCCGUCAACAAUUGAUAUCAUCCAUCAGUCGGCCUUGGACUCUUCUCCACCAUUUUCUGAUCCAGCUAUGUAUCGCAGCAUUGUUGGCGGGUUACAGUAUCUCAGCUUCACUCGGCCGGAUAUAUCCUUUGCUGUCAAUCAUGUUUCUCAGUUUCAGCACUCUCCCACCGACAACCAUUGGGAAGCAGUCAAGCGAAUUUUACGCUAUCUCCGCGGUACUAUUAAUCGAGGGCCUGAAUUUUCCGAACCAACCUCUCUUCAUGUUCACGGCUAUUCGGAUGCUUCCUGGGCUUCUUGUCCGAAAGAUCGCAAAUCCAUAACAGGGUUCGCGGUUUUUCUGUAGUUCGAACUUGGUUUCCUGGUCCACUCGAAAACAAAAAUCUGUCACUCGCUCUUCCACCGAGUGUGAGUAUCGUGCUCUUGCCACCCUUGCCUCUGAGGUUCUUUGGUUAAAGACUUUGCUUCAUGAGUUGGGUCAGACGAUUCCUUCAGCUCCAGCUCUUUAGUGUGACAAUCUUGGCGCGACAUUCCUUGCGCAUAAUCCUGUGUUUCACAAUCAGUCAAAACAUAUGGAGAUAAAGUUUCACUUCGUUCUUGAUCAAGUCAGCAAAGGCCACUGAAGUAUCAUCAACAUUCAAACCGUUAUUAGCCCAACGCCAACAACGGGAGUAGCCAAGAAGAAGCCAAACUCUACCUUAGGGUAAAAUUGGAGCGAGACAAAACCAGCACAACCCCAACGAGGAGAAGAUUAUCAUUAGUGAGAUAGUUGAGAUAUAAUUGUAGGCUUGUUAGUUAUGAGGUGUAUAUUACAAUGAGAUAUUGGAAUAAAUUUAAUCUAAGUGA